AUGGUACGCCUGGCGGCCGAGCUGCUGCUGCUGCUGGGGCUGCUGCUGCUCACGCUGCACAUCACGGUGCUGCGCGGUUCGGGAGCCGCCGACGGGCAGACCGCGGCCAACGCCAGCCGGACGCAGCUGCAGAAUAACCUCAACAUGGAAAGUGCCUCGACAUCGGAAACCAGCUCUCCUCUCUCCAAAGAAACACCAGGGGAGUAUUCGGACCACCAGUCUGCACACCAACCAUUCCCCAGACAGCAAUUCCAGCAAGAGGCUGGGCCCCCUUCAUUGCAAAGAGAUGGCCCCAGAUCCUUUCUCCUUGAUCUACCAAACUUUCCAGAUCUUUCCAAAGCUGAUAUCAAUGGGCAGAAUCCAAAUAUCCAGGUCACCAUAGAGGUGGUGGACGGUCCUGACUCUGAAGCAGAUAAAGAUCAGCAUCCGGAGAAUAAGCCCAGCUGGUCAGUCCCAUCCCCCGACUGGCGGGCCUGGUGGCAGAGGUCCUUGUCCUUGGCAAGGGCCAACGGCGGGGACCAGGACUACAAGUACGACAGUACCUCAGACGACAGCAACUUCCUCAACCCCCCUGGGGGGUGGGACCGUCCGGCCCCAGGCCACCGGACUUUUGAAUCCAAAGAACAGCCAGAAUAUGAUUCCACAGACGGUGAGGGAGACUGGAGUCUCUGGUCUGUUUGCAGCGUCACCUGUGGGAACGGCAACCAGAAACGGACCAGGUCUUGUGGCUAUGCGUGCACUGCAACCGAAUCUAGGACGUGUGACCGUCCAAACUGCCCAGGUAUCGAAGACACCUUCAGGACAGCUGCCACUGAAGUGAGUCUGCUUGCGGGAAGUGAAGAGUUUAAUGCCACCAAACUGUUCGAAGUUGACACGGACAGCUGUGAGCGCUGGAUGAGCUGCAAGAGCGAGUUCCUAAAGAAGUACAUGCACAAGGUGAUCAACGACCUGCCCAGCUGCCCCUGCUCCUACCCCACCGAGGUGGCCUACAGCACGGCCGACAUCUUCGACCGCAUCAAGCGCAAGGACUUCCGCUGGAAGGAUGCCAGCGGGCCCAAGGAGAAGCUGGAGAUCUACAAGCCCACGGCCCGGUACUGCAUUCGCUCCAUGCUGUCCCUGGAGAGCACCACACUGGCCGCCCAGCACUGUUGCUAUGGCGACAACAUGCAGCUCAUCACCAGGGGCAAAGGGGCGGGGACGCCCAAUCUCAUCAGCACUGAGUUCUCAGCGGAGCUCCACUACAAAGUGGACAUCCUGCCCUGGAUUAUCUGCAAGGGCGACUGGAGCAGGUAUAACGAGGCCCGACCUCCCAACAACGGACAGAAGUGCACAGAGAGCCCCUCGGACGAAGAUUAUAUCAAGCAGUUUCAAGAGGCCAGAGAGUAUUAAAGAGACACCACCUCUGUUGUUCGUGACACAAACACACUGCACUGAUCCGCCACCUGGCACAGAGUCCCUCUUACCCACAUACAUGUAUAUGUACAUAUACCACGUGAGUAUUUGUCAUAAGUUACACUAGGGGUGUGCGCCAGGCC